ACACACACACACACACACACAGCGGACUAGAAGUUGACAGAAAACAUGUCUGCUGGAGAAAGUUUGGAGGAUCGAUUUGAAAAAAUCGAUGUCAUGCUAAAGGAUCCUAAAUCUGAAGUCAAUACAGAUUGUUUACUGGAUGGUUUGGAUGCUUUGGUUUACGACUUGGAUUUUCCCGCUUUGAGGAAAAACAAAAGCAUUGACAACUUCUUGAAUAGAUAUAAAGACACAAUUAGUAAAAUAAGAGAUCUGCGCAUGAAGGCAGAAGAUUAUGAAGUGGUUAAAGUCAUUGGAAGAGGUGCCUUUGGUGAAGUUCAGUUGGUGAGACACAAGGCUACGAGAAAAGUGUAUGCAAUGAAACUCCUCAGCAAAUUUGAAAUGAUCAAGAGGUCAGAUUCUGCAUUCUUCUGGGAAGAGAGAGACAUCAUGGCCUUUGCUAACAGUCCCCGGGUAGUUCAGCUGUUCUAUGCGUUUCAAGAUAGCCGCUAUCUCUACAUGGUGAUGGAGUACAUGCCCGGGGGAGACCUUGUCAAUCUGAUGAGUAAUUAUGACAUGCCUGAGAAGUGGGCCAGGUUUUACACUGCUGAAGUUGUCCUUGCGUUGGACGGAAUACAUUCUAUGGGUUUUAUUCACAGAGAUGUGAAGCCAGAUAACAUGUUACUUGACAAAGCUGGGCACCUGAAACUAGCUGACUUUGGUACAUGUAUGAAGAUGAAUAAGGAUGGUAUGGUACGAUGUGAUACGGCAGUGGGAACGCCUGACUACAUUUCUCCGGAGGUACUGAAAUCACAGGGCGGAGACGGGUAUUACGGCAGGGAAUGUGACUGGUGGUCAGUUGGAGUCUUCUUGUAUGAAAUGCUCGUAGGUGACACGCCCUUCUAUGCAGACUCGCUGGUGGGAACAUACAGUAAAAUUAUGAACCACAAGAAUGCCCUGACAUUCCCUGACGACAGCGAUAUCUCGAAAGAUGCUAAAAACCUUAUAUGCGCCUUCCUGACUGGCAGGGAGGUGCGGUUAGGCCGCAAUGGAGUGGAAGAAAUCAAGCAGCACCCGUUCUUUAAGAAUGAUCAGUGGACAUGGGAGAAUAUUAGAGAAACUGCAGCCCCUGUUGUGCCUGAGCUGAGCAGUGACAUUGACACUAGCAACUUUGAUGAUAUUGAGGAGGAUAAGGGCGACGAGGAAACCUUUCCUAUACCGAAAGCUUUCGUCGGCAACCAGCUACCUUUCGUGGGGUUUACGUACUACAGCAGUCAUCAGUUUGGACCUGGCUCAGGUACGAGGACAAGUGACAAAAGAAGCAGUUCUGACACCAUAGAUAAAAGCCAUCUUGAAACAUUGCAAAAAAGAGUGUAUCAACUGGAAGAGCAGCUCAAUAAUGAAAUGCAGCAGAAGGACGAAAUGGAGCAGAAGUGCAGGGCUUCCAACACAAAACUGGACAAGAUUAUGAAGGAGCUGGAUGAUGAGGCAAACCAGAGAAAGGCUGUGGAGUCCACUGUAUCACAGCUUGAAAAGGAAAAAAUUCUGGCACAGCACAGAGCCAAUGAAUACCAAAGAAAGGCUGACCAGGAAGCUGAAAAAAGGCGGAAUCUAGAAAAUGAGGUGUCUACUUUAAAAGAGCAGCUGGAAGACAUGAGGAAAAUUAGCCAAAACUCUCAGAUUUCAAACGACAAGAUAAUACAGCUACAAAAGCAAUUGGAGGAAGCCAAUGAUUUGCUGAGGGUCGAAUCGGACACGGCUGUGAGGCUCCGAAAGAGCCAGACAGAGAUGUCAAAGUCAAUGAGCCAGUUGGAGACAGUCAACAGGGACCUGCAGGAGAGGAGCCGCUCACUGGAGAACUCCAAACUGCAGCUGGAGAAGGAACUGUUCCAGUUACAGGCAGCUCUGGAAUCGGAGCAGAGAAAUUGGAGCCACGGGUCCGAAGAGAUCCGAGAACAACAGGCACGGAUAAGUGUUUUACAAGAAGACAUCAAGAACUUAAAGCUCAUCCUUUCAAAAGUGGAAACAGAGAAGAAACAGACACAAGAGAGAAGCAAUCAUUUGGAAAAGGAAAAGAACAACCUUGAAAUAGACCUGAACUACAAACUGACAACAUUGCAGCAGCGGCUAGAACAGGAGAUGAUGGAGCACAGGUUGACCAAGGCACAGCUGACCGACAAAUCAAUGGAAGAGGCAAAGUCGGUUGCAAUGCACGCGAUGGAGCAGAAAGUGUCGGAGGAGAGUUCUGCGCGGCUGAAAGCUCAGAAUCGGGUGGUGGAGGUGGAGAAGCAGUGCUCUAUGCUGGAGUUUGACUUGAAGGAGUCAUUGCAGAAAAUAGAGCAGGUCAUGAAGCAGAAAGAAAGGCUGGAAGAUGAGAUCCGGCACCUGAACGUUCAGCUGGAUCACGAGAAGAACAAGCGAGUGCAGGCACAGAGCGAGCUGAAGUCAAGGGAGGUGGAAGUGGACAAAGUCAAGGGUUCUGAGAAGCAGCUCAAACAGGAGAUCAACACGCUGCUGGAGGCCAAGAGAUCAUUAGAAUUCCAAUUGACACAGCUCACCAAGCAGUAUCGAGGAAACGAGGGGCAGAUGCGUGAACUACAGGAUCAGCUAGAAGCUGAACAGUAUUUUUCAACACUAUACAAGACUCAAGUCAAAGAGCUGAAGGAGGAAAUUGAAGAGAAGAAUAGGAAAAACCAGGAGAUCCAGAAGAAGGUGAACGAGCUAAAUAGUGAAAGAGACUCCCUCUCUGCGCAGCUGGAUCUGACCAUUACGAAAGCGGAGUCAGAGCAGCUGGCCCGGGCGCUGCAGGAGGAGCAGUACUUCGAGCUCAGCCAGGAGAGCAAGAAGGCAGCGGCGCGGCAGAAGCAGGAGAUCAGCGAGAAAGACAAUACCAUAGCCCUGCUUGAAGAGUCAAAUAAAACUUUGACCAAGGAUGUUGAGAACCUUUCAAAGGAAAAAGCAGAGCUUGUUGAGAGGUUAAGGGAACAGGAAGGUUUCACAUCCCGGAGUGAAGAGGAAAUAAAUGCCAUUAAAUCCCAUUACGAGAAGACCCUGAACACAGAGCGUACCCUCAAAACACAGGCGGUGAACAAACUGGCUGAGAUCUUGAACCGCAAGGACAUGAAACUGGACAGGAAGAAGGCCAGCACAGCGGACCUGCGGAAGAAGGAGAAGGAGAACAGGAAGUUGCAGUUGGACCUCAACCAGGAGAAGGAGAAGUUCAACCAAAUGGCUGUCAAAUACCAGAAGGAGCUGAAUGAGAUGCAAGCGCAACUGGCAGAGGAAAGCACCUACCGCACAGAGCUUCAAAUGCAGUUAGACAGUAAAGAAAGUGACAUUGAACAGCUGCAGGAGAAAGUGAACGACCUGCAGCUGAGAAUGGACACGUCCAGCGUAGCCAGUCUUCAGCCGGACGACAUUGAUGGGAACUUCGCAGACUCGAGGCUGGAAGGAUGGCUGUCAAUACCUAACAGAACCAAUAUAAAAAGAUAUGGUUGGAAGAAACAAUACGUAGUGGUGAGCAGUAAAAAGAUUCUGUUUUACAACGAUGAGCAGAAUAAAGAACAAUCAAACCCAUCUAUGGUACUAGACAUAGACAAAUUGUUCCACGUGCGGCCAGUCACACAAGGAGAUGUGUACAGGGCAGAAACUGAUGAAAUUCCCAGGAUAUUUCAGAUCCUGUAUGCCAACGAAGGGGAGUGUAGGAAAGAAGCAGAUUUGGAAUCGGUACCUCUAGGUGAUAAAAACUGCUUGGCUCACAAGGGCCAUGAGUUUAUUCCCACGCUGUACCACUUCCCUACAAACUGUGAGGCCUGUGCCAAGCCCCUUUGGCAUGUCUUCAAGCCUCCUCCGGCACUGGAGUGUAGGCGUUGCCAUGUGAAGUGCCACAAGGAUCACUUGGACAGGAAGGAAGACUUGAUUGCUCCUUGUAAAGUGAACUACGACGUUACCACAGCAAGGGAUAUGUUACUGCUGGCCUUGUCCCAGGACGAGCAGAAGAAAUGGAUUGGUCAUCUAGGGAAGAAGAUCCCCAAGACCCCACCGUCAACGUUUGUGCGGGCCUCCCCUCGGACCCUGUCCACUAGAUCUGUUGUAGCAAACCAGUCCUUCCGCAAACCUCCUAAAAACACAGCAGGCAAACCAAGCUAACUGUGUGCACCGUUGGACUUUUAAAAUUAGGUUUCACAAGAAACUGAGCUUCAGUUACCACAAAAGAGCAGGAUAAUGGACUCCCCUAACAACACCUAAUAUCAUGGGGUACAGUGUUUGGAAGACCUGCCUCCUCUAGCACAACCACCACCUCUUCCUCUUCCUUCACGGCUCUGCCUGGAGCCCGGAGAGCUGCCAGCCAUCCCCACGGGUUUGCCUGCAUCUAGACUAGAUUAUCAAGCAAAGACAUAUUAAAGCAGUUCUCUUUCAUAGGAUUUUAAUUUUCUUACAUGCUGCUUUUUUGUUUUUUGGAAGGGAAGUGCCUCUCAGUUGUAGGUGCACUUUGACUUUCUUCGUAUCAGCAGUUUUAUUGGAUAGGUUUUUAAAUGUUUGAAUGGGUGAAGGUGGGGGUGCAAGUAAGCAGGAGCUGCUGGAAAACCUUGAGAAAGCAGUUAUGUGAAGACAGACUUUUUUGGGGAGCAGUGCUGUACAAACUUGAACUUUUGUGAUGCCUUCACUGUAGUGUACUUCCAGCCUUCAUGCUAUCAACCCAUCAGCUUUGAAAAGAGUUUACUUUUUUGCAGAAUGCUUUAAAAUUACUGUGUCAUGUUUUACUAAAAUAUGCUUUGUGAAGCAGGGGGGAGGGAGCAUGCAGGAGUGAACAGAUUAUCAUUUUAAUCUAUGCAUUUUGUUUUAUUUUGUUUUGCACCAAGCCAUACUCAUUAGGAGAGUAAAAAAGAACCAUUGAGUGUUUUGGGUGCAUCAUUUCUGUAUUUUAUUAUUAUUGUUAUUAUUAUUAGUAUUGUAAUGUAUUGCCUUAAAAUGAUUUAUCGUACGUGGUUGAAAAAAAUAAGUUAACAAAAGAAAAUGUAAAAAAAAACAAAAAAAAACUGCACUGUUUGAAAUGUAAAUUAUUAUUAGAACACUGAACAGGAGUAGAAUUUGGCCUAUUUAGUGCCUUAACAUUGGAUAACUAUUUUACUGCCAUAUUGUUUUUGAAAACUGAAAAUUACAUAACAACGUUCUCCUUAUUUUCAUUUCACUUUGAUUUUAUCCAACUUUUACAUGCAUUUAUUUUCUUUUGUAGACUUGAAGUGUUUUCAUAAAUGCAAUUCAAUCUACCAAUGAACUACCUGUUAUGAGUGAGUCAUAGGAAACAAAACUAGGAACUGUUGCAGUGGGGUCGAGCUGCAGAAAGCAAUUAAAUGCUACUCUUUAGUCUUUGUUACACUUACAGUGUGUUAUUACACAGUGUAACAUUUAUUAUUAUUAUUAUUUUUUUUUUGUUCCUGGGUAGUAAUUGUUAUUUCCUAAUUGC